AUGAAAGUUGAGCAUUACCAAGCUCUUGUGGACCGUGGUUGGAGACGAUCUGGGCAUACAUAUUACAAACCAGAUCUGACUCGGUCAUGCUGUCCGCACUACACAAUCCGUUUGGACGCCGAUAAGUUUAGAGCCAGCAAGUCCCAAAGGCGAGCAAUAAACAGAUGGAAUCGCUAUGUGUUGGGGACCGAUUACAUGAGCAAAGUUUCGAAGCUUUAUCCACGGUCGCGGGAGGAAAAGCAGAGACGACGAAAAUCGUCAUUCGACCUAGAAGCAGCUGUGCACGCAUCAGAAUAUGCCAGUCUUCAGAGGCCCAUAGAUCCCAGGACGAAGAUAAGCAUUGAACCUGCUCAUAAAUUCGAGGUCAACCUUGAAUCCGAUUCGUUCUCGGGCGAGAAGUGGAACGUCUUUCUGCCUUAUCAGAUGACCAUUCACAAAGAGGCAGAGUCCAGGUGGUCACAUGCUUCAUUCAAGCGCUUUCUCUGCUCUGGCCUCGACCAGAAGAUCAUCAAAUCAAAAGGCGUUACACGGAAAUUAGGCACCUACCAUCAAUGCUACAGACUUGAUGGAAAGCUUAUUGCCGUUGGUGUACUGGACUUAUUGCCACACGGUGUAAGCUCUGUUUAUCUUUUCUACGAUCCCGAGUGGGAAGACUGGGAGCUAGGGAAGCUGAGUGCCCUGCGAGAGAUUGCUCUGACGCGGGAAGGACACUAUCAGUACUAUUAUAUGGGAUACUACAUACCGUCAUGCAUCAAAAUGCGGUACAAGGGCAGCUACUGGCCAACCUACGUUCUUGAUCCAGAAAGCUUGGACUGGAAUCUCCUUGACACAGACCUAAGAACGAACCUCGACAAGCAUCAUUACUUCUCACUCUCAGGCAACAACAAACGCAACCAGGAUGUUCUCGAAGCAAACACCAUAACCGAAGCCAGCCCAGCUCCCGUGAUUCCGAAAGCAGAACCAGAUAUCGAUUACACCUCACUAGAAAUAGACUCCGAAGAUGACUCCGUCGACGAAACAGAAAUUCCUCCGGGAUCUCUCUUUGACUACCACGUCCCCGGCAUCCUAAGUCAAGAAGAAGUCGAGAAGCUCAAGCUGGAUAAAUGGAAGUUUUUGCUGCGGAACGGUUUCGUAGAGAUGGAAGAUUUGAAAGGAUGGGAGCGAGGCAAGCUGACGGAUCCGCAGAGCCUGAAGGGUAUUGCGGCUGAAUUGGCUGCUGCGUUGGGGCCAGAGGUGGUGAAGGGCGGGAGCGCGGUGAAUUUGUUCUAUGAUAGUUGA